AUGCGAUGGUUUUCCUGGUUACUUUUACUGUUUAUCGGGAAAGUUACAUACGGGAAAGGCGACUUCGAAUUUGAGUUUGAGUAUCCGAAAAAAGAAAACUUCGAGAAGUGCAUCGAUUCACCACAAGACGAGGAUCUCUCUGAUUUCCACUACACUUCUACAAAUCCACUGGGUCCUAUUGUGGAAUGUCAUCUUCUCGGUAUGGAAUUCAUCGCAUGUGAAGAUCCAGUUCCUCUUAACGGACCAGGACAAACCGGUCAACAAUCUACAAAUGAAAGUUUUCACAAAGAAGGAAAAUGUGAACGGAUGGGUGGUUAUCGAGCAGAAGAUAUUGAGUUCACAGAGGUUAAAUGCCGAGUUUUGCCAUGUAUAGAGUGUCGAGGACCAAGAGGUUUCACCAAAUCUGUACCAUGUAUAAUCUACACUGGCCACUACUUCCUAACAACUCUUCUCUACUCGAUAUUUCUCGGAGUUGUUGCUGUCGAUCGUUUCUGUCUCGGAUACUCAGCAAUGGCAGUUGGAAAGCUAAUGACUUUAGGAGGAUUCGGGAUUUGGUGGAUCGUUGACAUAUUUCUAUUAGUACUUGGAGUGCUUGGACCUGCUGAUGACUCGAACUGGGAACCCUACUACUGA